AUGGAUACAACCAUUACAAGUUUACCGAAGUCUGUAGAGGACCAAGGAGCGAUCCUUACCAAGCUCCGCAGUCGAGAUUCUACCGCACCUCCUAUCGAUCCCGAGAAACCGUCCACCCAAGAGAGCAACACAAGUACCCUUGACAAGUUCGACGGCAUCCAAGGCAAAGACCUCGAAGCAGGAUACGGGGAAUUCUGUCCACAGAAAGAAGCCAAACCCACCGAAACACGCAUUGAACGCUUGUCAAUAUCCCCUUCAGACGAUGAUACCCCCGACAACCCGAACCUGGUGGCAUGGGACGGGGUAGACGAUCCGCAAAACCCAAUGAACUGGCCUAACUCUCGGCGUUGGAGCCACAUCGGCAUCGUCAGCGCUCUCACGUUCUUUGUUGGGCUCUGUUCGUCAAUGUUCGCCCCCGGCGUCCCGCAACUGAUGCGGCAAUUCGACUCCACCAACGAAGCGCUCGGAUCAUUCGUGGUGACCGUGUUCGUCCUUGGCCUCGCUGCAGGGCCCGUUGUCUUUGCCCCUCUGUCGGAGUUGAAAGGACGGUAUAUUGUGCAGCAUAUUGGGACAGUGGGGUUCACCGCAUUCACGAUUGCGUGUGCAUUGGCACCCAAUAUGGAGGGCCUGAUUGUUAUAAGGUUAUUUCAAGGGAUCUUCGGGUCGGUGGGGAUCACCAAUGGAGGAGCAAUCAUCUCCGACAUUGUCAAACAGGAGGAAAGAGGCGUGGCGCUCAGCAUGUAUUCGUAUGGCGUGCUCUUCGGACCUAUUAUUGGCCCCAUCGCUGGAGGUUUCCUGAACACCGCCAAGGGAUGGCGCUGGGUGUUCUGGGUUCUCAGUAUAUGCCUGGGCGUCAUCACCUGUCUCUCCUUCCUGAUUUGGAGAGAAUCCUACGAACCAUUUCUCCUCCGCAAAAAAGCCGCCAGGUUACGGCAAGAGACAGGCAACCUAGCCCUCCGCUCGGAGUACGACUCCGAUCUCCCUCCCCGCGUCCACUUCGCAAGGGGGAUCGCCCGAGCGAUAUGCAUGCUCAUUUUCUCACCCGUCGUCCUCUCUCUCUCCAUCUACACCGGCCUCGUAUACGCGUACUUCUACCUCCUAUUCACCACGUUCACGUCCAUCUUCUCCGGCAUCUACAACUUCAGUACUGACAUCGUCGGCCUUUCGUUCGUCGGCGUCGGUGUCGGUUUCCUCAUUGGCCAGAUCGCCUUCUCGAACAUCAGCGACCGAUUGUUGAAAAGUCUCGCGGCGAAGCGCGGGGGCGGAUUCAAGCCGGAAUAUCGCAUGCCGCCGUGCCUGAUUGGCGCUGUAUGUAUUCCCAUCGGUCUCUUCUGGUACGGGUGGGCAGCCCAAGCACGUGCACAUUGGAUCGUGCCGCUCAUUGGAACUUCAUUUGUAGGACUGGGAAAUUCGAUCAUCUUCAUGAGCAUCACCACUUAUACCAUUGACGCAUAUGGCAUGUAUUCCGCCUCUGCACUCGCAGCAAACACGGUAACCCGAUCCAUCAUGGCUGCCGUUCUCCCGCUCGCCGCACCCCCCAUGUACGCGGCGCUUGGUAUCGGGUGGGGCAAUUCCCUGCUCGCAUUUUUGGCGAUAGCCAUGAUGCCAGUACCGUGGCUGCUGUUCAAAUAUGGCGAGCGGUUACGGAGGGUGAAUGUCGAGAAGUUCACGUACAUUUGA